GAGUCUUAUGCAACUCUUCUCCCUCUCUUCCCAGGCUGGAACCACCUCUACUCUUACUGCUGUGGCUGUCAUGGUCUCCUGGAUCCCAUCCACCCUGGUCUUCCUCCUGAUUCUUUCACUCCUGGCCUUCCUGUCAGUGCUUCUCUUCCUGUUCCUUGAUGGCUGGCAAAGUGACCCUAGGCACAGGGUACCAUACCCCAAACCCAUGAGGCACUGCCAAGACACUUCCUCAGUUCAGGGCAUAUGGACAGUCAACGCCAUUGGGCGCCUGGGGAACCAGAUGGGGGAAUAUGCCGCCCUCUAUGCCCUGGCCAAGAUGAAUGGGCAUCAGGCUUGUAUCCUCCCGGAGAUGCACCAACACCUGGCACCCCUCUUUCAUAUCACCCUGCCUGUGCUCCACAAGGACAUGGUCAAGAGGAUCCCUUGGAGGAACUAUCAGCUCCAUGACUGGAUGUCAGAGGAGUACAGACACAUCCAGGGCAAGUAUGUGCAGCUUAUGGGAUACCCCUGCUCCUGGACCUUCUACCACCAUCUCCGGGAUGAGAUCCUUUGGCAGUUCUCCUUCCACAACCAUGUCCGGGACGAGGCCAACCAGUACCUGGCCAGGUUGCGUGGUCAGCGCCGCAAUGUGACCUAUGUGGGUGUCCACGUCCGCCGGGGGGACUAUGUCCAGCUGAUGCCCACAACCUGGAAGGGGGUGGUAGCUGACAGGGCCUACCUGGAAAAGGCCAUGGGUUACUUCCGGGCUAAGUACAAGGAGCCAGUCUUUGUUGUGACCAGCAAUGGGAUGGACUGGUGCCGAAAGAACAUUGAUGCUUCAAGGGGGGAUGUGUACUUCGCUGGGGAUGGGAGGGAGUUGUCUCCAGGCAAGGAUUUUGCGCUGCUGGCCCAUUGCAACCACACAAUCAUGACCAUUGGGACAUUCGGCAUCUGGGCUGCCUAUCUGGCCAGAGGGGAGACCAUCUACCUGGCCAACUACACCCUGCCUGACUCCCCAUUCCUCCAGAUCUUCAAGCCCUCGGCUGCUUUUUUGCCUGAGUGGAUUGGGAUCAGUGCUGACCUCUCCCCACUCUUGUCCCUAGAAACAGAACCCUCGAGCCUGGACAGCAGGCCACAGACCCCAAACAAUCAAUAAAUUGGCU